CCCUCUCACCAAUUUCUAAAAUGAAGUUUUCACUUCCCACCGUCAUUGCCAUCUUCUGUACAACCACCGCUCUUGCCCUCCCUCAGAUUAACAACGUUGGCGACCUUGUCGAGCGUGACGGAGAAGGGAUCGACCUUUCCCAAAUUGAGAUCGACGACGUCGAGGUCGACUACGAUCCUACCGACUUUGACGGCCUCGAGGCCCGCGCCGGAAAUACCAUACACUGCAGCAACAACGGCAAGAUCAAGCGCGUCAAGAAGGAGUAUAAGGGAAAGUGCCACCCCAAAAACAGCAUCGGUCGCCAAGCCGCCCACAACUGCGAGAGACCUCGCAGCGGAAAGUCCUACCUUUGCGUACAGAGCAAUAAGGCCACCUGCUACCUUUCUUUAUCGAUCCAUUACUCCGGAUUCUCUCAUUUGCACUCCUUUUCCAACAUGCAGUCUCACGUCCUUUCCAUCACGGCUUCUCUACCUCUCUCAAUGGUCCGCGAGAUGGCCAACUCGGGCGCCAUUGACGAAAUCUCCAACAGCCCGAACGCGGUCCGCCACCACAUCUACUGGAACAGCAUGCGCGACAACAAAACUAGCAAGACGCAGAAGUCCGUGCUGUUUGCCAUCUACCAAACCGGACAACAUGGACCCCAGAACGGAUACCGCCUCUGCCUGGUCCAUCAAGGCUACAACAUCGUCUCGGCGAAGAAAUCGGAUGGCGCCUCCGACGACGAGAUUGACAGUCUCGAGAAGGACAUCCCCCAGGGACACGAGGAGAUGGUGAUUUUGGGACAGGCGGCUGCUUUGGAGGAGACUGAGUAG